AUGACACCAGCGGCAACGCAAGCAACACAACCCAUCAUGGGCGGGGGUCAGCUGCAGCGGCAGUACUCUCAGAAACAGAGUCAAGGAAAUCAGAGUGAAGCAAAACAGAGCGAGAACAUAUCCAACAUGGUUGAAAGAUCUGGAGAUGGCAAGUUGGGGGAGGCCAAGAAUAGGGCAUCUGCAGCAACACAAGUGAAGCUUCCACAUAACUGGGAAGCUAUAUUGCGAGAAGCAGCAAUUGAGCGUUCUUCCCCUGAUAGGCAGUGCAAUCAACUCUUCUCUGGAAAGUACUGGGUUGACAGGAACUCCAACAGCAACUGUUUCACUCUGUUUGCUAGAGAUCUCCUGAUCACCUGGGCUGACGACCCGCGUUACUGGCACUGGCCUUCUGUAACUGAGACAAGAGAUGUUACGGUGGAAGCCGCAGAGCUUUUAGCAGUUUGCUGGCUGGAGGUUCAUGGGAACUUUGACACAGCAAAGCUUUCUCCUGGGACUUUGUAUGAAGUUAUGUUUGUGAUAAUGCUGAAAGAUCCGGCAGUAGGAUGGGAAGUUCCAGUGAAUUUCAGACUCACUCUACCAAAUAGAGUCAAGCAAGAGCACAAAGAGAACCUAAUGACGAUACCAAGAUUGCAAUGGAUUGAAAUCCCCGUUGGUGAGUUCAGAACUUCACCUGAAAAUAUUGGUGGGAAUAUGGAGAUCUCUAUGUUUGAAUAUGAAGGAGGAACCUGGAAGAAGGGGCUGAUUCUCAAAGGAGUCACCAUCCGACCAAAGUCCUCAACUACAUAG